CGUAGUCGUAGAUCAGUAUCUAAACAAUGUUCGUCACAUUUCCGACAAGAGAAUUGUCGUCAAAAUCGAACAUAUCACAGUGUUACAGAUGUAUUAUUUGCUCAUUCGUGGUUAUAACUCGUGACUAUGUCCUCAUGUCAUUUAAUUCCUCGCUAUCUGCUCUUAUCUGAACAAACGUCUUCAUAAUAAUAACUUUUGAUAAUACUGAGUUUUGUGGAGCGUCCAUAGUACUGCGUAAUCAUCUUUCUGAUAACAGUUGUAAGAGAUUUACUGCUUCAGAGUUUUCAGUGUAUUCUCGAUCGGUACUUUAUAUGGAUUAUACAAGUGUCGCUCAUGCGCCAACUGUAAUCGAAGUUGCGAUAUUCUCGACGACCACGAAGUCCGUCAAUGUCGUGCAGAGACAAAAGUGACGCUUGUAGCGACAUAGACGCGAGAUUUUGCAAGUGUUCGGAACAUAAAUAGAAACAUUAAUUUUACUACCGGAAGAAUUGUGGAAAAUCAGUCAACAUGGUGGACGCCCCCACCGUAUUCGCUGCCUUCUCGGUUCUUAAAAAUCACGUUAAAUUCAAAAUCAACCAAGAUUUUGUAGCCAUUGAUAACCUCGUUUUUAGAUUACACUACCGGGCUACAUUUCUGUUGCUUCUCGUUGGAUCGAUUCUCGUAACUUCCAGACAAUUUAUCGGAGAACAUAUAAGAUGUAUCUCCGACACUUCUGUACCACCUCGUGUUAUCGAGACCUUUUGCUUUUUCAUGUCCACAUAUACUGUGGUGAAACAUCUAAAUGCCACAGCGGUGCUGGAAGGCGAAUUGCCACAUCCUGGCGUAGGACCAGCGUCGAAAAACGACCCUGUCAUACAUCAUGCUUAUUAUCAAUGGGUGCCUUUUGUCCUGUUCUUCCAAGCGCUUUUCUUUUACUUGCCGCACUACCUAUGGCGAAAAAUGGAAGGUGGUCGGGUGCAUAUGUUAGUGUCGGGAUUACAUAUGGCAUCCAUAGCGCUGAGCGAAACGGAGAUUAAGGUGAACGAUGAUGUCAAGGUGCCUUCGAAGAAGGACCGUGACGAUAAGAUACAACAGAUUCGCAUCGGCUUUAUAAAUCGCUUGCACCUUAAUCGUCCGUGGGCGUACGGUUUGGCUCUCUGCGAAGUUAUGAACUUUACGAAUGUGAUCGUGCAAAUUUUCGUAACCGACUGGUUCCUCGGAGGAGCCUUCUUGGGUCUCGGCCAAUCGGUCACUGAGCCAGCGUCUAAGGAUAAGCUAGACCCGCUCGAUAUAGUGUUCCCGAAGGUAACUAAAUGCAUUUUUCAUAAGUACGGCCCUUCGGGUACCAUACAAAAGCACGAUGCGUUGUGUGUGAUGGCCCUGAACAUCGUUAACGAGAAGAUCUAUACGGUCCUUUGGUUCUGGUUCAUCAUAUUGGCAGUGAUAACCGGUUUGGGACUGAUUUGGAGACUGCUGACCAUGAUCCUUCACUCCAGAAGUAUGUCAUUCAACAAGCUCGUGUUUUCCAUGGCCUGUCCUGGAAAGUACAACCCGUGGAACGUGCUCAAAGUCACUAAUGAGUAUCAUUUCGGCGACUGGCUGUUCUUGUACUACAUCGCCAGAAAUUUGGACAGUUACGUUUUCAAGGACCUUCUUCAACGAUUGGCGGAGGAUCUGGAGAACAGACAUCAAACACGGUACAAAAUCUUGCCUCUAGACGUAGAGGAGGAACUACUGAAGAAGCAAGAAGUUCUAGAAAUUCCGGAGAAUGAAAAUAUAGAGAUGUAUAAGACCGUCAAGUAAUCUUUCAUAAAAGGUAUUAAUUUUACAAGUUCGUAAAAGAUCAAAUUAAUUACAAUCUUUUUACAAGACAUAUUUUCGCACAAAGUUUGUGCUAUAAUCGACUCACUCGCAAUUUUUUCUAUUAUUACAAAUAAAAUUCUAAGUUUAAAAA